UCUCUGGUCCAUAUAUAUAGAGCACUGAUACCUCCUCAGUGCACACUCACUCUGAAACCAACUAGGAGAAAUCCUUAGACCUGCAGACAUGAAGGUCCUUGUUGUUCUCGCUGUUGUGGCCUUUGCUGGCUGCAAUGCCAACAUGAUGUGGCAGGACCAGGCCCAGCCCAGUAUGGAGAUGGUGAAGAACGCUUUCUGGGAUUACGUCGCAAAGGCAACUCAGACCACUGAAGACAUUCUGCAGAAGAUCAGAGAGUCUGAAAUGGGACAGGAAGUCAAUGCCAAGAUCUCCAAGAGUGCCGAUGCCAUCGGUCAGUAUGCUGUGGUUCUUCGUGGUCAGAUGACACCUAUGACUCAGGAGGUGAUGACCAGGAUUUUCCAGGAGUCCGAGCAGCUGAAGGUCCGUCUGCAGCAGGACAUGAGCACCGUGAAGUCCCAGCUGGAGCCCUACGUCCAGGAAGUGAUGUCAAAUGUCCAGCAGCAGGUGGAGCAGCUGAAGAAGGAAGUGGCCCUCUACGCAGACAUGGACGCCGAGACUCUGAAAGCCACUCUGCUGCAGAAGAGCGAGGAGAUGAAGGCCAGUAUGGAGAAGACCAUGAUGGAGAUGCAGGCCCAGCUCGGACCCCAGGCUGAGGAGCUGAAGCAGAAAAUGGAACAGCACAUGCAGGAGUUCCAGAAGACCAUGAUCCCAAUGGCUGAGAACUUCCAGGAGAGGAUGACCCAGAACGCCCAGGAGAUGAAGAAGCAGUUGGACCCCUAUGCUGAGGACCUGAAGACCCAGCUGACCACCCUCUGGGAGUCUUUUGCUAACAUGCGUCAGUAAAGAGUCUCAGUUUUUACAUGAAAUGAACUCUAAAGAUUGUCACAUGUUUACAAAGUUCAUUCUGGACACAAAUGCUUGUUGCUCUACACUGUACUGUAUCAUUCCAUGAAGUAACUUUAAUGUAUUAAUAAUAAACUUCACACUCAAAUC